AUGGGCAAUUGUAACAUUACUGACAAGAAAGACUUUUCAGAUUCAUCAAUUCUUUCUGUCCACAAUUUUGAGUUUAUUGAAGUCUUAGGAAAAGGAGGAUUUGGAAAAGUUUGGAAGGUGAAGAAAAGAAAAAACAAAAGUUAUUUUGCAUUGAAAAUGAUGUCAAAGGCAAAAAUUAUUGCAAAGAAAAGCGUACCUUCAGUAAUGAAUGAGAGGACACUUUUAUGUCAACUUAGACAUCCAUCAUUAAUAAAUAUGGUUGCUGCAUUCUAAGACAGAGAGAAUUUAUACUUAGUUAUGGAUUUAUUAAGUGGAGGAGAUCUGAGAUAUCAUAUUGGCAAAAAUAAAAAAUUUUCAGAAGAAGAAACAAAAUUUUUUUGUGCCUGCAUCAUAAUAGCCCUAGAAUAUCUGCAUUCACAAGGAAUAAUUCAUAGAGAUUUAAAGCCAGAGAAUUUAGUAUUUGACUCAGAAGGCUAUUUGCGAUUAACAGAUUUGGGUAUAGCCAGAAUUUGGAGACCAGACAAUUCAGCUGAUACCAGUGGAACUCCAGGAUAUAUGGCACCAGAAGUAUUGUGCAGAUAAAAUCAUGGGAUUGCUGUAGAUUAUUUUGCCUUAGGAGUGAUUGUCUAUGAAUGUAUGUUGGGGAGAAGACCAUAUGUUGGGAGAUCUAGACAAGAAAUAAGAGAUAGCGUGUUAGCAAAGUAAGUUUAAAUUAAGAAAAAUGAAGUGCCUACUUCAUGGUCCUUAGACGCUGCUGAUUUCGCAAAUUAGUUAAUCCAAAGAAAACCUGCUUAAAGAUUAGGCUCCGAUAAUCCAGAAGCUGUUAAGAAUCAUUCAUGGUUCAAUGGAUUUUAAUGGAAUAAAUUACUCAAUAAAGAAUUACAGCCCCCAUACUUGCCACGUAGUUAUAGCAAUUCGGGUGGAUCAACAUAGGAUACUGAGCAGGAUACAAAGGAAAAUGAUAUUAUGCUAAGGCGUAAUUCUAUUUAGGCCUAAUUUGAGGGAUAUAGCCAUGAUUCAAAUGAACCUGUGACAGCUGAACCAUCAAAAUUCUGA